AAGCUAGUGACCCGAUUCAAUACAACACAUGCUAAUUUUCUCUCUCUCCCCUUUGAUUCAUCGGAGUCGUCAUUGAGAUCAGGAUCAAACAAUCAAUAAUGGCGGGUCCAUCGAGCUCAUGGUCGCGAGCGUUGGUGCAGAUCUCUCCGUAUACCUUCUCUGCCAUCGGAAUUGCAAUUGCCAUCGGCGUUUCAGUGCUUGGUGCUGCUUGGGGAAUAUAUAUAACUGGAAGUAGUUUGAUUGGUGCUGCCAUUAAAGCUCCUCGGAUUACCUCCAAGAAUCUGAUUAGUGUAAUUUUUUGUGAAGCGGUUGCUAUAUAUGGUGUUAUUGUGGCUAUCAUUCUUCAAACAAAGCUCGAGAGUGUACCUGCCUCACAGAUUUAUGCACCAGAGUCUCUUAGUGCUGGCUAUGCAAUUUUUGCUUCUGGGAUCAUUGUGGGCUUUGCCAAUCUUGUCUGUGGGUUGUGCGUUGGAAUAAUUGGAAGCAGCUGUGCUUUAUCUGAUGCACAGAACUCCUCACUUUUCGUUAAGAUCCUUGUGAUCGAGAUUUUUGGUAGUGCACUUGGGCUGUUUGGUGUUAUUGUGGGAAUUAUUAUGUCAGCUCAAGCAUCUUGGCCAGCCAAGGGUGCAUAAGUCUUCACAUUAUGUGCUUGUUAUUAAUUUUAUAACAAACACAUAAGUCUUGGCCAUCCAAGUCUGUGUAAGUCUUUGCAUUAUGUGCUUGUUGUCAAUGUUUAAAUUAUACUGUAUUCUGUAUUAUAUACGUCUGCACAAGUCUUCUUUUUGUCCCUUUCUUCUUUUUGGCCUUUUGCAGUUGCAUUUUGAUGUGCAAUUGCUGUGUCAACUACUUUGGUUAGUCUGUUCAUUGAUGUAAUUUUUCUUAAUAAAGCUAUUGAGUACUAGUUGAUCUA